CUUUCUGGACCUGUCACCAAACGUUUUCAACAACAGUCUCGCGUUCAUUGGAUCCUCGGGCGGUGAUUUCAUCAAAUCAGGUUUCAGGGAGGCGCACAAGGGGAUCUCGGCGGAUCUCAGAUCUCUUGAAGAUUUCUCCACGAACUCCGCCAGACGAACGUUUCCGGCGAGCGCCAGAGUGCCAAAACAUCGACCCGCUGUUAUGUGUGUUUUCUUUGUUUGCUCUGAAGCUCUGGCAACGCUCUUAAUUUGCGUCGAAAUCAAAUCUAGCGCGUGUCUAAUGAAGACUAGGUUGGAAAACUAUAAAAGGCACGCCUUGUAAGCAGCAACACUGGCACGUUUUUUUGCUAUGUAAAAGCAUUAUUGAGCUCAACAUCAGGAUUACAGCAUCAGGAAAAACUGGCCAAACUGGCAACAACUAAAUGGUGCAACUGAUUUACAUUAACUACUUCUCUAAUAAUGUUAUUUAAUUCUACCUGUGAGGCUUUUUACAAGCCAGUGUCCUUCUUCUACAACAUUACUGGCAAGCCCAUCAGCCCGAACUGGCGCACUCAUGACUUUAUUGUGGUUGGCCUCGGGCUCCCGAUUUGUGUCUUUAUUAUUCUAGCAAAUAUGUUGGUCAUAGUGGCCAUAAUCAUCAACCGAAAGUUCCACUUUCCCAUUUAUUACUUACUUGGGAACAUGGCGGCCGCGGACCUCUUUGCUGGAAUAUCGUAUCUCUACCUUGUGUUCCACACGGGGCCGUGGACAAUCGGUUUGACCAUCAAAGAGUGGUUUAUUCGUGGAGCUUUGAUCAACAUGAGCUUGACCGCGUCUGUGGUCAACCUGCUGGCAGUGGCAGUGGAGCGCCAUCAGACCAUCUUCACCAUGCAGCUCCACAGCACCAUGACCAGGAGGCGCGUGGUGAUGCUGAUAGUCACCAUCUGGUUGGUGGCCGUCGUCAUGGGUUUGGUGCCCACCAUGGGCUGGAACUGUGUUUGUGACCUGUCCACCUGCUGCACGGUUGCGCCGCUGUAUUCCCGCAGCUUCCUAGUGUCCUGGGCCAUCCUCAACCUCAUGGCCUUCUUCAUCAUGGUGGCCGUUUACACUCACAUCUUCAUCUACGUUCGCCGGCGGAGCCGAGUAAUGUCGCCACACACGGAUCAGCCCUCCAACAAUCAGACUGUUAUCAGCCUCAUGAAGACCAUGUCCAUGAUUCUGGGUGCCUUUGUGAUCUGUUGGACACCGGGUCUGGUGAUUCUGUUACUGGACGGUCUCAGCUGCAGUCAAUGUCAGGUUCUUAAAUAUGAAAAGUACUGCCUGGUUCUGGCCGAGUGUAACUCUCUGGUGAACCCCAUCAUCUACUCGUUCCGGGACGAGGACAUGAGGAACACCUACAAACGCAUUCUCUGCUUCCCUUGGAGAAGAAUGCGGCAGCAUGAGGGGCCUUCUGGCAUCCGCUUCAAGCCUGUGAAAGCAGGGGCACCCUCGGAGAAAAACAGCUGUAACUCCACCAGUUUAGAGCCCAGUUCACCACAAAGCCUAUUGUUUUCAUAGAAAAAGUUUUUCUCAGUGUAAAUAAAUGACUUUGUAUUUGCUUACUGAAAUGAUCACAGCUUGUACAAAGAGUAAAUAAUACUUCAUUUUUGAUA